AUGACUGAGAUACCCCGGGCAAUGAAAGCUGUUCGAUUCCAUGAUAGAGGUGAUCUCCGCCUACAGUCCAUUACGCCUCUUCCUUGCGGGCCGGACGAAGUUCGCAUCAAGGUAGCAUAUUGUGGUAUUUGUGGUUCUGAUCUUCACGAGUACAUCGCCGGUCCCUUGUUUGUACCAAAGCACGGCCAAAAACACCCUUACAAUGGUAGCAAGUUACCUGUGACCUUAGGCCACGAGAUUUCUGGCGUUAUCACAGAAGUCGGAGACGGGGUUGCUCCCAAUCAUCUCAAAGCUGGCCAAAGGGUUUUCGUUAACCCGUGCAUUAGAGACAGGCAGCUUGGAGUACCACCCUGCUUGAUGUGCCAGGAAGGGAAAGAGAACUUAUGUCCCCGCUUGGGGUUUUACGGAUUAUCUGGCCCUGGAGGCGGCUUGGCUGAAUUUUUGGUUGUCAAGGCAAUAAAUGUAUUCCCUCUUCCGAACUCAGUUUCCUUGAAAGUCGCCGCUCUGGUGGAACCGCUGGCCGUAGCCUGGCAUUGUGUGAGGGUAUCCGGCAUUCAAAGUGGACAAGAUGCAGUCGUGCUGGGCGCUGGUCCUAUUGGCCUUGCGAUACUCAUGAUUCUGAAAGUGUGGGGUGCGAGGAAGGUCGUCGUUAGCGAGGUGCUGCCGGCCAGAGCUGCACUGGCCCGCAAGUUCGGCGCUGACUGUGUCGUCAAUCCUCUCGAGAAGGGUGGGGAUGAAGAUCCGGUUGUAGCCAAAGCGAGAGAAUUUUCAGGCGGUCACUUAGGUGGCGGAGCUCAUGUCUCUUUCGACGCCAGCGGAAUCCAAGAAACGUUAGAAACAUCCAUUGCCUGCGUUAGACAGGGCGGUACCGUCCUCAACCUAGCCAUUCACGAAAAGCCGCUGAAGCUCAAUUUUAACGUGUUGACUUUAAGCGAGAAAAAACUUAUGGGAGGCUUGUGCUAUACGAACGAAGACAUUGAAGGUGUCAUCAAUGCGCUCGCAAACGGAUCUUUAGUUGCUGAUGAGUUGAUCACAUCAGUGGUGACGUUGGAGGACGCUAUCCAAGGGGCGUUCGAAGAGUUGAUUCACCGAAGGGAAAAUCAUGUUAAAAUUUUGGUCCAACCAAAUUCAGUGGAAGACAUUGCAUAG